AUGAAGCCAUCUAUCCUAUUUUGCUUCAUCGGGCUAGGUGCUGCUUUACAUCUUGUUCCGCCUCGUCCGACGAAAAAGUUCGAGCUCAACCUGACAUGGGACACCAAGGCACCCGACGGAGUUGAGCGCCAGCAAGCCUUGAUUAAUGGCCAAUUCCCUGGGCCCUCCCUCAUCUUCGACGAGGGCGACAAUGUGGAGGUGACAGUGAACAAUUUCCUGCCAUAUAACACCACGAUGCAUUGGCAUGGCAUUGAGCAACAAGGGACAUCGUGGUCAGAUGGUGUGCCUGGAGUCUCGCAGAGGCUUAUUACCCCUGGCGGAAGAUUUGUUUACAGAUUUACUACUUCACAAUAUGGAACAUACUGUGCUGAUCAAAAAGCUGAUGAGCAGUUCAACAUAAGAUGUCUUCCGGUUCAAAAUACCUUUGCUCAAACAACCUUCGCUCAGCAUAACUACACCGCAAUCCCACCAUCCUUGUUUGACCAAUGCAAGGCCACAGAGUCAACGGAGGAAGUGAUCAAAGUUGAUCCUCUGGAGGGCUGGGUGAGCCUCAAUCUCAUCAGUUCAGCAUCGAUCUCACUCCCAGCAGUCUCUAUCAACAAUCAUUCUCUUUGGGUCUAUGAAGUCGAUGGUCAAUACAUUGUACCCACCAAAGUUGAUGCAUUGACACUCAGCAACGGUGCUCGCUACUCCGUUCUGGUCCAAUUGAACAAGACGCCAGGUAACUACCUGAUCACAGCAGCCGGUGCAGGAGUCAACCAAAAGGUUGCCGGGUACGGCACUUUCUCUUAUGUCGACAGCGACCCCUCGGUCGUCGGAAAACCCUCAAUCGAUUACGGUGGAAACAGCAUCAGUACGGAUGUUGUUGUUCUGGACGAAAAUACGAUCAAGCCACUUAUCCCAAGCCGACCUAGUGAACAAGCGGACCAAACAUACCUGCUCACCAUUGGCCGGAUUGAAAAAGCCUGGAAAUGGUCUCUCAAUGGAGAACAUUCGUAUAGCAUGUCUCUGGAGUCAGAGAAGCCGAUGUUAUGGGACCCUCAAUCACAGGCAGACAGUGAUCUGGUCAUCGCUACGAACAAUGAUACCUGGGUGGAUAUUGUCUUCGCGGUGUCUGGAGAACCAUCGACUAUCCAGCCUGGUCAUCCGAUUCACAAGCACUCAAACAGGGUCUAUAUUCUGGGUCUUGGCACGGGCGAGUUCAAUUGGACUUCUGUUGCAGAGGCUCAACAGGAAAUCCCAGAGAUGUUUAACCUGGUCGACCCUCCAAUGAGAGAUACCUUUACAACGCUUCCCGCUUUGGAAGCACCAAGCUGGAUGGCAGUUCGCUAUCAUGUGCAAAAUCCUGGGGCUUUCUUCCUCCACUGCCAUAUCGAUCCGCACCUCACUGGAGGAAUGGCACUCGCAAUCUUGGAUGGCAUAGAUACGUGGCCUAGUAUUCCUACACAAUAUGGCCCGAAGGGUCAUUGGGGAAAGCCGGCCAAAGAGAAAACAUCAUUGAUGGCCGUGACGGGUAUAAAGGGUAGAUAG